AUUUUCUGAAAAGUCAAAAGCGGGAAUGUAGCAUUUGACACCACAAAAAAAAAAUGUUUUAAAUCUUAUUUUUAUACAAACUUUAAAUUUUCAAAAUUAAAAAAAUAAGUUAACUCACAAACUAUAAACAGAAAAGUGUAGAAAAUUCCUUUAAUUAAUUUCAAGACUUGUGUACAAUUUAAAUCAUGUCUUUCUCAUUUGGUAACAAUGCAACUGGACUUGGAGCAACAAGCACGCCGGCCAAACCGGCGGGGGGUUUGGGAAGCUUUUCAUUUGGUGGAGCAACUGCUAAUCCAGCUCCAGCAUUUGGUGCAGCUCAACCAACAGGAGCAGCACCUGCAUUCGGUGCUACCUCCACUUUUGGCACAACUGGUUUCGGUGCAACAACUUCCGCUCCAACCUUAGGGGGAUUUGGAACAUUUGGCGCCAACACAACCACCACAGCGGCUCCAACUUUGGGAGGUUUCGGGGCAUUUGGAACUAACACAGCAACUUCUUCUGCUCCGAAUAUGUUUGGAAAUACUUCAACAGGAUUUGGUGGCUUUGGAGCAACCUCAACAACAUCGACCGCUCCCACCUUCGGAGGGUUUGGUACUACAGCACAGACUUCAACGGCUUUUGGUGGUUUUGGAGCUUCAACGACUACAACUGCAGCUCCAGCUUUCGGUGGCUUUGGAACUGCUGCACCUCAACAAACCUCGACUUUUGGUGGAUUUGGUUCCUUUGGAUCAAGUUUUGCAAAGCCCGCUACGAGUACUGCUCCAGCUUUUGGUGGAUUUGGAACUAGUUUCAAUUUGGGUCAAACACAACAACAGCAACAACAACAACAGCAAAUGCAACAACAACAGAUCAGUCCAGAUGAGGCCUUCGCUCAAUCAAUCUUUAAUGUGUCAAUCUAUGGAGACGAAAGAGAUACCAUAAUUGCCAAAUGGAACUAUUUACAGGCUAUGUGGGGUGUUGGUAAGUCCUUUUACUCACAAACUGCAGCUCCAGUCGAAAUAACCCCCCAGAAUUACCUUUGUCGCUUUAAAUCCAUGGGCUACAGUCGUCUCCCAGGCAAAGACAACAAAAUGGGUUUAGUUGCUUUGAAUUUCAACAAACCGCUCUCAGAUAUCAAUGCCCAAAAACAACAAAUCAUAGCAUCGCUGAAUCAGGUCUUUGGAAAUAAACCAAAUCUUCUCAUCAACAUCGAAUCAAUGAAAGAACAAGACGACAAAAAAUCCCAAAUUGUAAUUUACAUUGAAGAGAAAUCUCAAAUGGCUCCGAAUGAGACAAAGAGAGUUCUUGCCACAGAUGCAUCGAAUUACCUGAAUCAAGCCAACAUCAAGCCUCAAUUAGGCAAUUUAGGCAUAGAAGAUGUACUAGCGCUAGUUCUUCCCGAUGAGGACCAAUUGAAGGAGUAUUUGGAAAAUCCCCCCAAAGGCAUCGAUCCUCGAAUGUGGCGACAAGCUAAAUUGGACAAUCCUGAUCCGAAAAAAUUCAUUCCGGUUCCAAUGAUUGGCUUCCAUGAUCUUAAAUGGCGCAUCAAGUGUCAAGAGAAUGAAACCGAAACACAUGCCUUGUAUUUAAAUAAGGUGGAGAGAGAUUUGGCAGAGUUGAAACAACGACAUGCGAGUACAACGGCAAAGAUAAUGGAACACAAAAGGAAGCUGGCAGAACUUAGUCAUAAGAUUUUAAAGAUUGUUGUGAAACAGGAAUGCACAAGAAAAGUUGGACUGGCUUUAUCACCCGAAGAGGAGGCGUUACGUAGUAAGCUGGAAAAUAUGCAGGCAUUAGUUUCAGCUCCAACACAAUUCAAGGGUCGACUUAGUGAACUUCUAUCCCAGAUGAGAAUGCAAAGGAAUCAAUACGCUUUAACUGGAGGCAGCGAAUAUACGAUAGACAAAGACUGUGAAGCCGAAAUGAAAUCAUUCUUGGGAAUGCAACAAAAAGCCAUGGAAGUUCUUACGGAAACAGUAAAUAAGGAUCUUAAGGCUUUGCAGAUUAUAAUCGAUGGUAUGCCCGAACUUGUGAGAGGUUAAAGAAAAAUAUCAAAUUGUUAAUUGAAGUCAGAAUUAAAAAAAUAAAUAAAAACCGAAAAAUAAAA